GGAAUCAUGGGCAUUAAUAUAAUAUCAGCUAGCAACAAUGUAUUGCUGGUAUAAGAAAUUAUGGUGGAUUCUCAAGGACCCGUAGUUUAAGCCGAAGAGGGCAGAAUCGUAAAGCUGCCUUCUACUCUUUUUAUUCUUCUGUAACUCUUACGUGCCGACGAAUGGCGCCUAUACUAUUAUACCACUACAGUAGGAUGAUGUGUUUGCUUCGAAGAUGGCCGCUUUCAUGUGUAGAAGUAAAGUGAUUUGUAGCCAUUGGAUAAAGAUAGGUCGUUUUUACUACUGUUCAAUGGUCGGCAUGACUUACAGAUCAGUGUAUAAUAUUUCAACCUUUCGUAACGUAACUUCCAUAACAGAAGUGCGCCUAGAAAGGAUGGAACAGAACUUUAAAAAUGAAAGGUCUUUAUCAAAGAACAAAACUAACUGUAUACAUAGGCACAAUGUAAGUUGUUUUCACAUGAUAGGGAGUUGUGACGUUGGUAAAGCAACACAAUCAAAGAAUUACCAAACAAGAAAUUCAAACAUUACAGGCAUAAGUCGGUGGUACUCCGAUGGCAGAGAACCACCAAGGGAAAAAUUACCAAGUUUGAUGGACUUUCCAGAAAUAGUAUGGCCUAAUAUUUUUAAGACACUGAGGAACUGGAUAUUGGCUAAUCUCAUCAUUAGGCCAUAUUUUGAUCAAGAAUUUGGUCUUCCAGAUUUUGUACUUGGAUCAAAACAGGCUGUAGAAUGUGUGUCAAAUUGUUUAUCAAGAGGAGACUUUGCAGCUUUGGAAAACAUGGUAACACAAGAUACAUUGCAAGUAGUGAAAAGGAAUAUAUCCACUUUCACAUUACAUCAGCGACAAGAACUGGCUCUUUCAAAGGAAGAUGUCUACUUCAGUUUUCCAUAUCAAAUUGGAAUCAUGUUCAAUGAUGAUGACAAAUAUCAGCAGAGAUUUGUAGAAAUAACAAUGUGCUAUCAUGUUCUGCAAGGCCUGAAGGAACUAAGACAGCAAGGGAUAACACCACCUUUAAAUAUGGGCAUGUUGCCUGAGUACAAGCACAAGAUUUACAUUUGCAAUUAUCGUUUCAUCAAAGAAUUCACCAAAGGUGUUGAAGACCAGUGGACAGUGAACAUUGUGAAUCACUUCAGGCCAUCAGAUUUUGUCAGUUAAUAAAUGUCUCAAGUGUGACUAGUACAAAUAUAAUAAUGCAAAAUAAAAUUUGUGCUCUUGAAAUUAAUUAUAAAUACGUGCACUUUCUUCUUUUGUAGGAAUUCUUUUAUACAGAUUUGUUAUUUAGAGCCACAUGUGAAACUAUAAUGCUUUAUUUGGAAUGGCAGCUCAUGAUAAAAACAUGCUUCAUAGAGUUUGUAGAGAUAUGACUGCAGUUUUGUAUUUGAAUGACAUGUAAAUGUAAUAAACUUUGUAUGUGUUCUAGAAUUAAUUUCCUUGUAAUUUUCAUGUUUAUUGGCAAGAGUAUUAUCCCUUAAAUGGGUGUAUCCGGGGUUCCAAAAUACAACUUAAAACAGGUAGCUCGGCAAACAGUCGUGCAGUAUGUUACAUAUAUGUAUUUUUUACUUGCCACUAUCUUAACUUGCCUUUGGAAACUAAGUGAUUAUACUUUUGAUGUCCCGAGUGUAUAACGGGAGACUGAAUUCAUGUUUGAAUAACUGGGGUGUGUGAAGAAAUCAAUGCAGGUAUGGACAGUGUGUGGUACAUAUGAUAAAAUUGUUACUUUUAAGAGACUUAAUUUGUGGGCAUUCACUGGAUGCUACAUUUUGCAGAAAGGAAUGGACUGAUCUACAUAUACUGUAGUUUAUUGAAAAUAUAUCAAAAUGAAAAUGA